CUCCCUACUCUACGUCCUCCGCAGCUAGAGCCCUGAAGUCCGGCUCCCUUUUCCCAGCUCCUAGGGCCUUCCUCUUACCCAUAUCCUAUCUGGCCCAUAUCUAGGCGAUUCCCAACUCCUUUCUUCAUGGCGUCGCUUCUGUGCUGUGGGCCCAAGCUGGCCGCCUGCGGCAUCGUCCUCAGCGCCUGGGGAGUGAUCAUGUUGAUAAUGCUCGGAAUCUUUUUCAAUGUCCAUUCUGCUGUGUUAAUUGAGGACGUCCCCUUCACGGAGAAAGAUUUUGAGAAUGGCCCCCAGAACAUAUACAACCUUUACGAGCAAGUCAGCUACAACUGUUUCAUCGCGGCGGGCCUUUACCUCCUCCUCGGAGGCUUCUCUUUCUGUCAAGUUCGGCUCAAUAAGCGCAAGGAAUACAUGGUGCGCUAGAGCACAGUGGCGCUCCCCCUCUCCAGCCCCCUCCUCUAUUUAAAGACUCUCCCCACCAGGUCACAGCCCCCCGCCCCCCAUUCUGGUGCCCUCUGCGGACUAGGUUUUCUUGGCGAGACUCAAUCCCUUGUUCUCCAACCUCUGGCGCCCGGCUUCUGUGGAGGGAGGUUGGGGUUGGCCGUUCCCUGCCCCUCCGGCCCUCUCGCCUCGUCCCGUUCCACAAUAAAGAGAAACUGCUCUCUUAA